GAAACUCCUCAACCCAUUUCCUCAUUCAAGAGAGAGAGAGAUAUCCAUAUGAUGGGGGCUCACCAUCAAACACCAUACCUUGAAUUCCCCGAAGACAUUGAACAGUUCGAGUCCUCCAGCUACUGGGUCCCUCUAUGUGCGCAGGUCAGGGAGGCCUGCGAGGCUCAUGGCUUCUUCCUCCUCCAAUACGAUAAGGUUGUCCCGAAAACCCUACGCAGGGACAUGCUCAGCGCCAUGAGGUCACUCUUCGACCUUCCCGACGAGACCAAGUGCCGGUACCAGAACCCCAAACCCUACCGAAGCUACUCUGGGAAGUGCCCUGUCGCCCCCCUCCACGAGAGCUUCGGGAUCGACGACCCCCAUAAGCUCGACGCUGCCCGAGACUUCACCGAUCUUAUGUGGCCCGAGGGCAACCCUGGUUUCUGCGAGACACUGCAUAGCAUAAAUUCAAAGAUACUUGAGUUGAACUCCUUGAUCAUGAAGAUGAUAUUCGAAAGCUUUGGGAUGGGCGGGGAAUUCAAGUCUCAUUUCCAGGAUAGUAGCACUGUAUUUCGAAUCAUGAAGUACCGGGUCCCGCCUCCUCCGAGCAUCAACGACCAAGGGGAUGGUUCUGCCAUCGGCCUAGUUGCCCACACGGACAAGAAUGACCUUACCAUCUUGUAUCAGAACGACGUGCAGGGACUCGAGGUGGUGCCGAGGGACGGAGAUGAUGAGUGGGUGAAGGUUAGGGUUCCUGAGGAUGCCUUCAUUGUCAUUGUUGGGGAUGCUCUUAAGGCAUGGAGCAACGGGAGGCUUCAUGCGGUGAAGCACAGGGUGGUCAUGAGCGGGGACAGGGACAGAUACUCCUGUGGCCUAUUUUCCAUCCCGAAGGAAGGCGCAAUGAUUAGGGUUCCGGCCAAGCUUGUCGACACCGACCACCCCCUCCGGUACCGGCCCUUCAAGUUCGAUGACUAUGUGACGUACUUUGUCUCCAACAGGAGGGAUGACGCCCUCGAGGUCUAUGCCGGCGUCUAAAAUUAUGAAUCUCGGACCGCCGAUGAUAUGGCCAUAAAAGCACGCGUAUCUCGAUUUUUGGCUGGAGUGAAAUUGCGCAUGUUUAAUUAAUUAGUUCUAUCUAUAUGUAAUUUUACGUUCACACAAAUUGAGAAUUUCAGUGACUUUUUAUGGGUGUAAUAUAUACUUUGGGUAGAUAUCUUAUGACUUCCUUGUAUUUUUCUUUCUUUUUUUCUUUUACAAGCUUUGUGAAAAAUGAAUUGAAAUAUAUCACACCCUCCCUUUUUCCUUUUCUG